AUGCACUGCCUCGCCGAGAACAUCGACGACCCCCUUUACCAGCUCAUGCUCAUGAUAACGCUGACGUUGUGCGCAUCGUCGGAGACGCCGCAGGUGGCGCCGAAGCAGCACGCCUUCAGCGCGGCGCCUAGGAGGAAGGACCACAGGCUGCUAGCACUCGCGUUGGUGACACGGAUGAUGUGGUUCCUCUACCCCAAGUGUUUCCCGUGGCAGAAGAACCCAGGCGAGACUGCGUACGACGUGGCCGAGAUGACGAAGAAGAUCGAGCAUAGGGGCUGCAGCAACCGGAUGUUGAGGGCGCUAGGCUGGAUCGUCGUUCCCAACGGUCGGCCCAACCCGCGGAACACCGAGGUGUCAUUGCAGUCGCCUUCCAUCUUGUUGGACCUGGCAAGGGCACUAAAGACGGCGGUGAGAAGGCCGGAGGAGUUUAUCGGCCUGCCUGCUAAGGCCCUCGACAGCAUCUACGCCAACAUCGGCGACCCUGCGGUUCACAACCAAGACGCUCCCAAUCGCAGGGUCGUUCCAGGAAGACCUCAGCCCGGCCCACUUCCCCCCAUUGACGCCAAGCCGGAGGAGGAGGUUGCCAACCCCGCCGCCGUCGAAGCACCCUCGCGCCGGGACGGCAACCGGGACGAAAGCAGGCUCACAGCAGGCGAGGCGGUCGCCGACGAAGUUCACCCAAACCCCCAUCAUCUUGCCGGACCGCUCCUCCAUCACCCGCUGGGCGAGGUGGGUGCGCGAGCCCAUCCUGUCGAUCAUAGAGCCUUGUCCUUCCAAGUAGUGGCCCAGGAAGUCAAUGGUGUCUCGGUAUGCCGCCGGCCCUCCAAAGGUUCAGCCGUUUUCAGCAAUAGUGCGGCGAAUCAACUUGACGUGGUUGAAGAGCCCGAAUUGAAGUUCCGAUGUUCGACCCCGCAUGCCUACAAAAAGGCUCUCCUUGGAAUCCAGGAGCUCCGAGACUGGAACUACGCCCCGUAUCUCGAUGGUGCAGUCGUGGUCUACAUCCUGUAUCACGAUACCCGGCCUCCAGCGUCUGAAACAAGCCUUUAG